AUGAUAAAAGGAGAGUCCUUUGCCAUAGAAGUUUUAGCUAAAAAGUUAUAUCAACGUACCAUGGACUAUAACAAUUACAUUGCUCAAGUUGGUUCUCAGCAGUUGUGCGAAGCCUUGUCAACCAAUGGUUCCUCAACAGCAAUACCUCCGUUAUCCGUGGACAGCAAGACUAUCCCGCAGGUGAAGAUCACGAAUCUCUUUGAAGGCAACCAACACAAUAAUUUGAUUCCACCCCCAGUGAUAGGUGAUCACCACUAUGAUUUUGCUUUCAACUACGACCCAGACAUAUUUACCAACUUGAACCAGUACGGGAACACUCUUCCUCCUAUAUCUGGAAUUGUUGAUGAUGUUGGACUAGAUCUAACAGGCUUUCCUAGCCAGUCCUUGGGCUUUGAACAGCCUGUGAAUGUAUCAUAUACGCACGAGACUUUCCAAACAGCUAAUUCUAGCUUAGAAGAGAGCAGCAGCAAGAGCAACCUGGAGUACCCAACCGCACUGCCAACUGCUCCCCCGUCUCCUGAACUUUACGUCGAAGCACGAAUAUUCGAAUGGCCCUACGACGAAACUACCUACAAAAGCGAUAACAGAAUUAGAAUACCUUGGAAAGUGCUCGAUGCUGAAAAGACCAGCAGAGCCGUCCGAGCAACUGUAAGAAAAGAGUUUGAUAUGCAAGACAAGUUCUUCGAUGGACUGCUUGACAAGGAUAAGUUUCGUAUCGUUUCAGAGAAGCGGAAACGGAGCCACUCCUCUGCUCAGGAGCACGUUUGGCAGCCAAGAUCCGUUUUCAAAUCAUUCACCAAUAUAAGUUUGAAUCUCGACAGUACAGACUAUCAUAAUUACAUCCCCAUGGAAUCCUGUUUCGGAAAGGUGAACAUGAGGGUCCUAAAUGCUUGGCCACGGUCCACGAAGAAAGAAAAGACCCAGCCGAUAAAGAAAGAGAAGGUCCUUUCGACAAAGAUAGAGAAACCCCGUUCGAACAAGAGAGGAAAAAAAAGUUGGUGA